AUGUCAUCUAUCGUGUGCCACCCACUAAUCGACACUCAAAACGGAAUCGCCACUGAUGCGCGCAUCAAAAAGCAGAGACCACCACCACUUGUUGUUUCCAGACCCAGAGACUUGAUCCAAGAUUCAUGUGAACGGCUAGUUCUCAGCGAUCAACAGCUCCGCCGGAUUAUGACGUUGAUGAUAUAUCGAUUCCAUCCAACAUACCCUACCCUCUUGAAUGCAAAAAUUGCAGAAUUGAUUGUUGGUGAUAUUGAGUACAAACUGAUGCUGUCGGAAGAUGGAUCAGGACGUGGAGGUGCUCUUGUUGCUGCCGUCGCCACGCGUCUCAAAGAAGAAAAACUCGCUGCACUUUGUUCUUCUUCAUCUUCAUCAAACUAA